UCCACAUGGCCACAAAACAUAAAAAUCACAAGGGACAAAUGAAAGGACAAGAAUUACAAUGUCAGACUUUGUAGUUUAAAUCUCUUUUCAUUUCCUGAUCUUAGAUCUAGUCUGACUGUACUCUGAAGAUCCUCUGUCAAAAAGAUCCAAAACCCUUCUCUUAUCCAUUGCUCCCUUUCAUCAUUCAAAUCUUAGACCAACUCUGCCAUAUUAAGUCCAUACGUGCUUUUACAGCUAAGUUUGUUCCACAAGAAUACGGCACACCUCGAAGGUCCAAGUGCAUUCAACUCAGGUUCAAGGUACAAAGUACCAACACGCCUACGUAUUCUCUGAACUUGCAUGAAAGCUUUACUUGGUUUCUCAUCCCAAGCUUCAGUAAAUUAGAUCAUGUGAAGCAUAAGCAGGAAAAAGAAAAAAAUUGAUCUUGUUUCAAUUACUGGAAACUUGAUCUUUUAUUACUUUAACGGGCUUCCAAAAAAAAACUAUGGUUAGAUCCUGCUGGAAACCAAGUGGAGAAGGUGAUGAUGAGCUGCUAUGGUACAAGGAUUUGGGGAACCAUCUUUAUGGGGAAUUCUCAAUGGCUGUAAUUCAAGCCAAUAGUUCAUUGGAGGAUUGUAGCCAACUCGAAUCUGGACCCUUGAGUUCUGAUUACUUGGGUCCUCAAGGGACCUUUGUUGGUGUAUAUGAUGGUCAUGGUGGAACUGCAGCCUCGCAGUUUGUCAGUGACAAUCUUUUCUGCAAUUUCAAGAGUUUUGCUGCUGAACAUCAAGGUAUUUCAGAACAUGUUAUCAGAAGGGCCUUUUCAACAACAGAAGAGGGUUUUCUCUCUCUUGUUAAGAAACAGUGGCUAAGCAAGCCACAGAUUGCAUACACGGGUUCAUGUUGUUUGGCGGGGAUAAUUUGCAAUGGCAUGCUAUAUAUUGCAAACGCUGGAGACUCAAGGGCAGUGUUAGGAAGAAUAGAGAGGGCAACAAGGGAAACAUUAGCUAUUCAAUUAUCUACAGAACACAACGUUAACAUAAAAACAGAGAGAGAUGAACUUCUUUCAAAGCACCCUCAUGAUUCACAAAUCGUGGUUAUGAAGCAUAGAGUUUGGCGUGUGAAAGGCCUCAUACAGGUUUCAAGAUCCAUAGGUGAUGCAUAUCUGAAGAAAGCAGAAUUUAACAGGGAGCCUUUACCAUAUAAGUUUAGACUACAUGAACCCUUCUCCAAGCCAAUUCUAAGUUAUGAACCAUCAAUAUCAAUGCAUAAACUCCAUCCCGACGAUCAAUUUAUCAUCUUUGCUUCUGAUGGUUUAUGGGAGCAUCUUAGCAACCAAGAGGCUGUUAAUAUAGUCAGCAAUAACCCACGCAAUGGAAUUGCUAGGCGGCUUGUGAAAGCUGCACUUCGAGAAGCAGCUAAGAAGAGAGAAAUGAGAUUCUCAGACCUCCAAAAGAUUGAACAAGGGGUUAGGAGACACUUCCAUGAUGAUAUUACAGUAAUUGUUGUAUUUCUAAAUCCCAAACUGAUUGAUAAUAGUUCUCUCUGGGGUUCUCCUCUUUCAAUCAGAGGAGGUGGACCUGCCAAUUCUUAGUGCAAAGAAUUCUGUACUUCCAUUAAAACCCGUUUUCAGAAUUCUUGUAUAAAGCAGACAUCACACUUCAACAACAGCAGCAUGCUUUCCAAGCCCCUAAAGCAGUUUGUGGUUGUAGUUGGAGCUUGAAGAUUCUCAUGGAAAAAAUUACUCUUUGGAAACCUAUUAUCAAGGGAGAUAUAAAAAAAAGGCACCAGCUCCCACCACCACAAAAUCUAAAAAGGUCAUUAGCAGUAUGACAUUUAUGGUGACAGCUGAAUAUGAAAAUAGAAACAAUUUACAUAUUGAGAUUAAAAUGAAGCAAUUAUCACUAUAACCAAGUAAGUUCUAAAUGUCCCAUAAACCCCCUUCCGAGUUGUGUUCACUUUAUGAUCCGGUUAAAGAUAUCAUAUAUUUAUUAUAAAUUUUGCUUAUGUUUCCUACGCCAACGAAUACUCAGCCUCAGGUCAUAUCUCAUUAGCUCAAGCUCUGUAAUUUGAAUAUUAAUUUGUCUGCGUCAAUUUUGUAUUACUGAGAUCUUUUUAUGUAUUUUUUUUAAUAUAUUCACAGAUUCAUUAAUUAUCCCACUAGUCCGAUUCAAACGCUACAACUUAUUAUAAGGGACGACUCUCCCAAAAUCAUUUUUACUAUAAGACCCAUGAUAUAAAAUGACUCCCAAGAUUAUUUUUUCCAUUCUCAAAGUUCGAACUCAAAACCUUGGUUAAAGG